UCGAGGCACAACCCACUGAAGACAGCCAAGAUGAAAGUCAAGAACAUGUCAUUCAAGGAGGGGGCUGAGUUAAAAAUCCGCAUCAAGCCCAAGGAUGACUGCAACUCCUUUGCUAUCAACAUCGGUCAUGAUGAUGAGAACAUCGCCAUGCACUUCAACCCCCGUUUCGAAUGCGGCUGUGACACUAAUGUCAUUGUCUUUAACUCCUUGUCUGGGGGAUGUUGGGGUGACGAGCACCGCGAGGGAGUUUUCCCUUUCUCACGUGGGGAGGAAUGCAAGUUUUACAUCAACUUCAACAAUGAGCAGUUUUACAUCAAGCUUCCUGAUGGCUCCAUGGUGAACUUUCCCAACCGUCUGGGAGACGUCAAGUACAAGUACUUUGAUGUCAGUGGUGAUGCAAGGAUUGUCGGCAUCAAGAUCAAGUAGAGGCUCAACUCUGCUUAACCUUCUGACUCUUGAUGAUGGCCCAUCCUUUUUUUGUUGGUGAAAUAGUCUGUUUUACAUUACUGAGCUCAGGCCUGCUUAUUCAUCUUUGCUCCUGCUAAGAGCUAUGGAAAAAUAAGCCUAAAAAUGUAUACCAACAUGCAUGGCAUGCUGCUGAUGUAAUGAGAGUAAUUGGCCUAAAGAGGGAGCCAUAGCAGAUCUUACCUCAUUAUGCUUGCUUGACAUCUCAUCGGUCUUUGGGUUUGUUAAUAAAUGCUGUGAAAAAGAAACAACAACAAUAAAAAUACAAGUGUAAUCUC